CUCUGUUCUUUCUUUCCCCUGUUUUGUGGCGACUAGCGACUGGCGAGAUGCAAAGCAAAGCAACUGUCUUGUUGUUUUGCUGAUUGUGGUGUGGACUGUGGAUGUUCUCAGCGGCGGGCGGGAAACGGGAAGAAUGAUGAGAGGUUGUGAUUAUUUGACUUAUCCCCAUUGAAUGUUUUGAAAAGACUGAAAUAGAAGAAGAUCAUGGACUGUGGUUCAGAUAAAAGAACAGCGUCAAAAUUUUCCCCAGAUUUCAGCAUACCCAGAAAAGGGCGCUGGGGAAAAAGAAGAAGAGGAGAUCACCCUAAAAACCCAUGGCGAGAAUGGUUUCAUUACAGCAACAAACCACGCACCCUGGUUUCUCUCUUCUCACUUCUUCCCUCUCUGAUUUCAAUGGCGCUCGCCUCCAUUCUCAGCUCCAGUUCCAGAGGAAGAUGGGUCUGCAAAACAGAGGAGCAUUGCAGGUCAGUGCCUCCAGCAGCUCCAAGAACAUUCUGAUCAUGGGUGGCACUCGAUUCAUUGGUAUCUUCUUGUCAAGACUUCUUGUUAAAGAAGGCCAUCAGGUGACGUUGUUUACGAGAGGGAAGGCACCGAUUGCCCAGCAAUUACCAGGCGAAUCAGACCAGGAUUUUGCUGACUUCUCAUCUAAGAUAUUGCAUUUGAAAGGAGAUAGGAAAGACUCCAACUUUGUGAAGACCAGCCUCUCAGCCAAAGGCUUCGAUGUUGUCUAUGAUAUCAAUGGACGCGAGGCUGUUGAAGUUGAACCCAUCAUAGAAGCUCUACCAAACCUAGAACAGUUUAUUUACUGUUCUUCAGCUGGAGUCUACCUGAAAUCUGAUCUCUUACCCCAUUGUGAGGUAGAUGCGGUUGAUCCCAAGAGCAGGCACAAGGGAAAGCUCGAGACGGAGAGCUUUCUCGAAUCGACGGGAGUCAACUGGACAUCUAUAAGGCCAGUCUACAUCUAUGGACCUCUAAACUACAACCCUGUGGAGGAAUGGUUCUUCCACCGGUUGAAGGCUGGUCGCCCCAUCCCAAUUCCCAACUCCGGGAUCCAAAUGACCCAGCUUGGCCAUGUCAAGGAUUGUAUAAACUUUGCUUCCCUCGAAUCACGCAUUCGAUAUUGUAGAAAGGAAGAUGAAACAAAUGAUUCAUGGCUUGUUAAUAUACAGGAUUUGGCAACAGCAUUCAUUACGGUGCUUGGGAAUGAAAAGGCCAGCAAGGAAGUGUUCAACAUAUCUGGUGAGAAGUACGUAACGUUUGAUGGGUUGGCUAGAGCAUGCGCCAAGGCUGGUGGGUUUCCAGAGCCCGAGCUUGUUCAUUACAACCCGAAGGAGUAUGAUUUCGGGAAGAAGAAGGCAUUCCCAUUCCGCGACCAGCAUUUCUUUGCGUCAAUCGACAAGGCGAAACAUGUUCUUGGCUGGAAGCCGGAGUUUGACCUGGUAGAGGGUCUCACGGAUUCGUACGAGCUAGAUUUUGGGAGGGGGACAUUCAGGAAAGAGGCUGAUUUCUCGACGGACGACAUCAUCCUUGGGAAGUCUCUUGUCACGGCAUAGAAAGACGCCCUCCGGCUCCCUUGAUUUGCUUGGCAGAGUCUGCUCUACACUUGUACACUACUACACGUUUUGUUGUUGAGAUGUAGAACGAAUGAGGCAUUCACCAGAAGCAAGAAUGCAUUGAUUGUAGUGAACGGAUUUUGUUUAGGUCAAGAUGGUUGUCAUCCAAAAAAGUAAGAUAGUGUGAACGGAUCCCCAAUUAGAUUUGGGUCCCCUCAAAAAUCAGAGGGUAAAUCUGAUUAUGCACCCUACCCUCUACCUCAUUUUCAUGCGACCAAGUUAACCUAAUCGAGGUAUUCAAGAAAAUUUAAUCA